AUUAAAGAGAAACUUGCGUCCGAAGAAAACUCCACGCUUUACAUAACCCCGUCGUCCUCCUCUACCACACAAGCCCUUCGUCCAUCUCUCUCCCUGUAUCACCGCCUCACACCGAACAUCCCAUCUCACUGUUUGACCGCCUCACGCCCGAGCCCCCUUGCGAUCCGGCGAUGGCCCCUCCGUCCCUCGGCCUCGUUGGCCCGCCGGAGAUCCACCUCGCCGCCGCCGCGGUGAAGCCGGACGCCUGCACCAGCGAACCCUUCCUCGACAUCAUGGAUGCCGGCUUCAACGCCGCCGCCCCUGCCCUGGCGCCGAUGGGCCGGACGGAGAACUUUUCACCGACCUUCCUUUCCUCCGGCAACCCCUGCCUCGAUUUCUUCUUCCAGGUCGUAGCCGACACCCCCGCUGGAACCUUAACAUCCCUCCUCGCCGCCGCCUGGGCCCGCGACCCCCUCACCGCCCUUAAGCUCGCCUGCCACCUCCGCGGCGUCCGCGGCACCGGCAAGUCCGACCGCGAGGGCUUCUACUCCGCCGCCCUCUGGCUCCACCGCCACCACCCCAAAACCCUCGCCCUCAACCUCCUUCGCAUCGCUGUAUUCGGCUACCUCAAGGACCUUCCGGAGAUCCUCCACCGCCUCGUCGAUGGCGACGACACCCGCCAGCGCGCCAAGGCCAACCACCGGCUGUCCAGACCCAACCUCCGGUGGGCCCGCUGCCGCCCGACGGCCAACCGGGACCGCCUGCGGGAGGGCACGAGGGAGGAGAGGCUCGCCGGCGAAGCGGCCCGGGUCAAGAUCGAGAAGGAGAAGGCGGAGGAGCUCAGGCGGAAGAAGCGAUCGGAGAUGGCGGUCCGGGCGGUCCAGCGGUACGAACGCGACCCGGAAUACCGGUUCCUCCACGACAGCGUCGCCGACGUGUUCGCCGAACUCCUCCGCACCGACCUCGGCCACCUGAACUCAGGCGAGUUCGACGAGUUGUCGCUCGCCGCCAAGUGGUGCCCCUCCCUGGACUCCUCCUACGACCGCUCCACUCUCCUCUGCGAGGCAAUCGCCCGCCGCCUCUUCCCCCGCGACUCCGAACCGGAGUACGCCGCCCUGGAGAACCGCCACUACGCCUACCGCGUCCGCGACCGCCUCCGGCGGGCGGCGCUGGUCCCCCUCCGCGGCGCCCUCGAGCUCCCGGAGGUCUACAUGAGCGCCGGCCGGUGGGACUCCCUGCCCUACAACCGCGUCGCCUCCGUCGCCAUGAAGAACUACAAAAAGCUCUUCACGAAGCACGACGCCGCCCGCUUCUCCGAGUACCUGGAGAAUGUCCGGCGGGGGACGGCCAAGGUCGCCGCCGGCGCGCUCCUCCCCCACGAGAUCAUCUCCGACGCCGGAGACGAGGUGGCGGAGCUCCAGUGGAAGAGGAUGGUGGAGGACCUCUCCAAGAAGGGAAGCCUCCGCAACUGCAUUGCCGUCUGCGACGUCUCCGGCAGCAUGCACGGAGCUCCGAUGGAGGUCAGCGUGGCUCUGGGCCUGCUGAUCUCCGAGCUCAGCGAGGAGCCGUGGAAGGGGAGGGUGAUAACAUUCAGCGCGGACCCCGAAAUGCAUCGGAUCGGAGGGGAUUCUCUCGAAGAGAAGACCUUGUUCAUCCGGACGAUGCAGUGGGGGAUGAACACCGACUUUCAGAAGGUGUUCGAUAAAAUGCUCGCGGUGGCGGUGGAGGGCAGAUUGCCUGCGGAAAAGAUGGUGAGGAGGGUGUUUGUGUUCAGCGACAUGGAGUUUGACAUGGCGUCGGCGAAUGAUUGGGAGACGGACUACGAGGCGAUCCGGAGGAAGUUCGGGGAGAGCGGGUAUGGGGAGGCGGUGCCGGAGGUGGUGUUUUGGAAUCUGAGGGACUCGAGGUCGACGCCGGUGCCAUCAGUGCAGAAGGGGGUGGCACUCGUAAGUGGCUUCUCCAAGAAUUUAUUGAAGCUGUUCUUGGAGGGGGAUGGGGUGUUGAUCCCGGAGGCGGUCAUGGAGGAGGCGAUAUCGGGGGAGGAGUAUAAGAAGCUGGUGGUGUUCGAUUGAAUGCUGUGAAUGGAGAAGAGAUGCGGAAGGCAAAGGAUUUUUCCUGUUCAAGGUCUUUGUGGGGUCUUAUUCUCUAUAAAAAAGUAGUCUCUGUCUGUCUGGAAUGAAGUUGGACUUUUUGAAUGAAGGAAACUCAUAGUUUUGGAUGGGCUGCCACCGUCCCUGUUAUGCGCUCCUUGGUUAACUUGAAUGGUGCAAUUUGGAUCAUUUCCAAG